UUGAGUUAUCCCUCUGACAUCCUAGGAAAAAAAAAAUGAUCAGAACCAUUCUUAUCCUCCUUGUCUUCUUCAUCGGGACGCAACUCCACGCGCAGCUAACUCCACCGGCGAAGCCCGAUGGUUUCAUCUACCCACCGGGUCGUCAUCGUGUUGACCUGGAUACUAUACUAAUCGAGGCGUUUUAUGACCCGGUGUGCCCGUAUAGUAGAGACUCUUGGCCGCCGCUUAAACAAGCUCUUAAACACUAUAAAUCUCGCGUUUCCCUUCUCCUCCACCUCCUUCCGUUACCGUACCAUGACAAUGCGUAUGUAACCUCUCGUGCUUUACAUAUAGUGAAUAUUCACAAUGCUAAUGCUACCUUCAAUUUGCUGGAAGGGUUUUUUAAGCAUCAGGCAAUGUUCUACGGUGCGCAAACACAACUCAUGACAAGACCUGAAGUUGUGGGAAGAAUUGUCAAACUUGGAGCAACCACGUUGGGAAACUCUUAUCAACAUGUUCUUAAAUCGGGCUUUAACGAUACAAAGUCGGAACAUGCGACCAGAGUUUCAUUCAAGUAUAGCGCUUCAAGAAGUGUUUAUGGGACACCAACCUUCUACGUGAAUGGAUUCAAAUUGCCGGAUGCUGAUACUCCCUCAAAAUUUGGAGGAUGGAAAAAAAUUAUUGAUUCUCUGGUUCAACCACACAAGGGUACAAGUUAGCUAGAGAUGCAAGAUGAUCUCAUUUGACCAUCUCAAGUGUUUUAGCUUGUUUUCACAUCCAUAUCAUAUAAUAAAAUCACAGUGCUAUUUAACGAUAUGCACUUGGUCAAACAACCUGUCUAUUGUAUAAUGAAACAUCUUCAUUGAAUGACUUGUUGGGUUUCGAUUUUAAAAAGACAAAAGUAGGACUCGUCUUGUCAUGGUUUUCAUUAUUCAUUUUCUAUCUGGUUUUGUGAUUUUUAUUAGAGAAGAACUAUUACUUAG